CUAGCCAACGCCCCACUGACCGCUCCUCGAGUCUUCUCUCUCUUGACUCACUCCGCCCUCUCAGCUUUCAAGCAGCGAGCACGGCUUCUUCGUAGCUACUGUGCUUCCCCUGACCGACUUCACCCACACUUGUUGUUUAUAUGUACAUAUAUAUAUAUAUAUAUAUUUUUUUUUUUUAAGUUAGCUAGCUUACGUCCGGGAGCAGCGGUGCACUUUGGGCCGUCUGCGAAAAACAACGACAACAACUUUCAGUUGCUUCGUUUCGUUUGCUUUCUCUUCUGACUGCUUUCAUUUAAAUUUCGACAUAAGACAUAAGAAUGGCCGAUACGUCAGCGUCCGGCUCUGAUGCCAGCUGCAUGGAGAAGCUGAAAAGUUACGUGAGGACCCAAAAAGGCAUGAUCCUCGCGGCAGAAAUAUUCAUCAGCAUAAUCAUAAUCAUCUGCUACGCGGCGUCCCUUUAUGGAGGCUACUCGGCCGUGGCCAUCUGCGAGAUGGUCUUCGCCAUGGUCUUCUUCGGCAUCUUCAUGAUGGAGAUGGACAAGCAGUUCCAAUUGGUCAACUGGAUGUGGAGCGAUCUGUUCAGGGCUGGCAUUGGCGCAAUCCUUUACGUCAUCACUUCCCUCAUGUGCGUGAUUGGAGGAGCUGGGGACGGCGCUCGCAUCGCAGGCGGGGUAUUUGGGUUGAUUGCUGGUAUGCUGUUCACCUACGACACCUACACCAUCUUCUUGGAAAUCAAGAGCACCAGACAGCACACGGCAGCCUCCACCGAUGACAAAGUCUAAGCACGCCGACGUGUGUGUGCCUCUGUUGAGUACGCAGCGGAACAACGAGGUCCUUUGAGCAGAAGAGGGGAGGGGACAAAGGACAGUAAAAGGAACAGAUCACAGUUCAAAGCCAUGUCAACACCAGAAAUUGUCUUUACUAACCGCGCCGAAGAGGAGGAUGACGACGACGUAGCGGCACCGCACAUGUGUGCCUGUGCGUCAACCACGGCGGGAACGCCCCCCUCGCAAAUCUAAACGUCAACGUGGGAUCACAGCUAAAAAGGGAAAAGUGUAAGUGAUAGGCAAUGUCAAACGUCAGCCCUGUUAGUCCUCCACCAGCUUGUCUCGUGAAUUUCUACUUUUAAUGGACUACUGUAGUUAGUAGUAACUGUUUCUUUUAAACGUGUAUGGGUGCCUUAGGGAUUAAAAAAAAAAAAAACAUGAGGCUGAUCAUUAUCAUGAUCAGUCUCAUGGUUUUUUUUGAUGAUCAGCCUCAUGAUGAUCAGCCUCGUUUUUUUUUUUUUUUUUUUUUUUUCUUCAUGAUUAAUUUCAACCUGUUUUAAUUGAUGUCCUUCACUGUGUGUUCAAGUGCCUACUUGGUUGUAGUCAUUUGAGGUUCCACAAUCCGAAACACUUGAAGUCAUCUACCUGCUUCAAUAGAGUAAUUGUUUUACCCAACUGAUCUUUUUUUUUUUUUUUUUUUUUUUUUUUUGAGGGGGGAGAACUGUUGACGUCCACUCACCGAUAAAAAUCACAUUCUCAUGUGUCACACUGUUACUGUGUGGUGCUGCAUUUCCAUAAUCAUCCCUUUACGUUUAACUGCUAACACAUUUGUGUACAUUUAUGUUGCUUCAUCCAGCCAAGCGCCGUAACCGCUCGUUCUUUCAUGUCUUCAUUGAAGUUCUCUGCUUCCUGCGACAGGACACAUGAAGAAAAGCAGUCAUAUGUGCAAAUGUCACCUAUGUACUUGUUUCACUAAUUUCAGUUAAAUCUUUUUUUUAAUUAUUUUUAUUAUGUUUCCUCAACUUCAUGCUUGGUAGUUUGUUAAAACAAAAAAAUGCCGUUGUGCUUUCUAAUGUGCUUUACAAAUGAAAUUUCACAGUCUAAAGCAGCUUUAACUUUGGGAAAUAAAAGCCAUUGUUACAAC